CAAAAUAAAGUAAAUUAUUUGCAGGCGAAAAAAAAUUCUAAUAGUAUAAUAUAUGUAACUAGCUUUGAUUUGCUUAUUGUCCUUUUAUACAACAUGCAAUGUAAGGCGUACGACAUCUUUUCUCGACCUCUUUUGUUUUUAUUUACUUCCGCCGUUGUUACGCCAUUUUUAUCUACGCAUAGACAGGUAUACCAUCAAGAGGUUUAAGUACUGGAUAUUUUGAAAUCUAAACUGAUUCACAAUAAUGUGUUUUAUAAAUCAGUAGGACGUGUCAUUCAUCAAAGGUUUCAGAUUCAAUUGACAUAUUCAAAACAAUCUUUUGAGAAGAUCGAAGUUAUACAAAAAUAAAAUUACGCAUUAAGAAUAGCGUACGUAAUAGUGAUAUUGAUAAACAACAAGGAGUUCACAACAGUUUUGAACCAUGGGAGAAAGGUUAAACCAUCAAGACAAGGAUCAGCUAGAGAAAUGGAUAGGCACUGGCCCUAAAACAUUCACACUGCUCUAUGCUAUCACCAGGGAUGGAUGUAAUUCCAGGGUCUUCCACGAAAAAUGCGAUGGUCAGGGACCAACAGUUACAGUUCUCUACAAUGCCAAGGGAUCUGUUUAUGGUGGAUACAGUCCGAUGUCCUGGAACUCGUCAAGCAAUUCGAACAGCUCUUGUACCGAAGCCUUUCUCUUUCAGCUCUAUCACAACGGAAAUAGAAAAGCAACUAAGUUUGAACUGAAACCGGGACAGUAUUAUAACGCGGUUUACAACAAUGUAGAGUACGGACCAAUAUUUGGUGGUGGCUAUGAUCUUAAGACAUUUAGCAGCAAUGUUAAUCGUUCUGGUUCUGACUUCCAUUUAAAUGGUAGUGCUAAUUUUGGAUAUACGUAUGAAAUGCACGGUAUCGGGGCAAAUGAUAUCCACAAUGGCGAUUUACACGUCACUGAAUUAGAAGUCUACAAAGUGAUAUAUGACGAAAAUAAACCAGGAACACCCUGGCGAGAGUUGGACAAUUGGAAUACAAGGGGGCUAGCAAGACUUAAAGAAGACAUCCUUUCAUUCAGACCGCCUCCUGGACUCAAUAUCGACGAGGCAAGAAUUGUAAUAUUAGGUCCAGUUGGAGCUGGGAAGUCAAGUUUCUUCAACACAAUAGAUUCAAUAUUUCGUGGUCGUAUAACACAGAGGGCAUGUAAUGGAAGCUCGGCACAGAGCGUUACUACAGCGUAUACCCCGUACUCAGUUAGACUUGAUUCCGGAAGUUCACCGAAGUUCAUUUUGUGCGACACACCUGGUCUAGAAGAGUCUGAUGGUUUGGACGUCGACGAAUGUAGUUACCUUUUAGAUGGAAACAUACCCGACUUUUAUUUAUUCAACCAAAACUCACCUAUAUCGCCAAAUGCAGAGGAGUUCCGAGUGAAUCCCACUACACAAGACAAGAUCCAUUGUGUUGUGUUUGUGAUUGAUGCAAGCACAUUGGAAGCUGUGUCAUCUAUAAUCGUAGAUAAAAUGAAGAACUUUCAACGUACAAUGAACGACAGAGAAAUUCCACAACUCAUUGUACUCACGAAGGUAGACAAGCUAUGUGAAGACGUCCAGAAGGAUAUAUCGUUCACAUACAGAAGCUGGAAGGUUAAAGAACAUGUUGAUAAAGCAUCGGAACUUCUCGGUCUUCGCCCAUGCAACGUACUUCCGGUCAAAAAUUACGAGAAAGAAACACGUCUGGAUAUCAACAUAAACAUGCUUAGCUUACUCGCUUUAAGAAAGAUUUUAGAUUUGGCAGAAGAUUAUAUGGACAAUCUACUCGAUCGACAAACCUUUGGGCAAAUGAAAAUUUGCGGAGAGGAAAAAAGUGCUUCGUGAAAAAUUCAGAAACAUUUUGAGGAGAAAAACAUGCUUAAGUUGUGAAGUUUAAAUGUUAUUUGUCUUACACUGCGUAAUACUAGCACAUGUAUGUUGAACAAUGCUUAUUAUUAAUUUCUCUAUUGCUGUCAGCUUAUUCAUUGGUCUUUUCAUAUGUUUCAACUGAAUAAAUAUCUACUGCACACUUCAAUGGAAAAUACCAUUUCCAUUCUGUCAAUCAUGGUGUGAUUUUUUGUUGUAUAACUGUGGAACUAAAUCAAUAGAAUGUUAUGAAAUAAAAUAUCAUUUGAUUUAAGUAGUAAAUACUGCUACUGUGAAGACAGGUAAAUUGUGAAUUUAAUUAUUAACCUAGAAACUAAUUUUUGUGAUAAUUUUGCCUGAUGUAUACGAUUAUGACCAUUUGCAUUGUUGAAGAUAAUGCUCCAUACAAUAUAUGUUAUAUGAUUUCAAAUGUAAUUAAUUUCAUAUAUACUCAGCAAAUUUCUAAUAAGUUACCACUCAUGUGGUUUUAAGGACUAUCCCACAGUUCUAAUACAGCGAACGAUAGCUAUUACACGUUACAUGAUUUGAGGCUCAGGUGAUAAUUUUGAUGUCUACAUCAAAGAGCAAAUUUAACCGCACAUGAUAGAAACAUAUGAAGACUGCUCCUUCUUAGAUAUUUUGUUGUGAGCUAAAAUGACUACAAAAGUUUUGUUUAAUGUAUAAUUCUUUUUUUUUUUAUAUUUUUGCUUAUGAUUUUAUGACAAAGAAUGUUUAGGUAGCUGUCGUUUAAUAGCUAUGUUUUGAUAACUGAAAACAUGAAGACUUUGCAUCUUAAACCAAAUACUAUAUAGUACACAGGCCAUGUAAAAUAUUAAGUGUCAUUACUUUGUCUAAAAAGAAAGUAUGCAACAAGAUUGUUAUAGUAACAUUAGACAGACAUAUUUUUCUAAUUCUUUUGUAUUCUCUUUUUAGACUAAGGAACAGGCAUAGACCAAAUGUCUAUUUGUUUGUAGUAAUUUAGACAAUAAUAUAUUCAGUUAUUAAAGUCACUGACCUCCAGAUUUUGGCUAAAAAAUGAUCUUUCUUUUAAAUUGAAGUUUGGUCAUAUUACGAACAUUAGAAUAUGAGUUUUUGUUUCUAAACUAUUUUAAAAUUGCCAAAUCAAGAAAAAAAAAUGACCGCGUCAUGAAUCGAACCCGGACCGCCGCGGCAAUAAAGAAGUUUUCCGCUGUCGUUACCAGUACCGCUUUAGAGUGUUCAAAGUGCGUUAAAUCCGAGGCAAUUUACCUCGCGUAAAGCGUUACAAACGCUUUUCGAUUUUCAUCGUAAAAAGUAGUUAAAACGACUAAUGCUCAUGUGUUUCCGUAACAUAUCUGUCUGUCAGUAAUUAAGUUUCAAAGCAUUCUUAAGAAAUACAGCAAUAAUUUCCAGAUAUCUAAAACAAUCUUUCUUUUUUUUUGUUUUCGAACGAUCUGGAGACCAGUGUCUUUAAAAGUUAAACCUGUUGGAAUGAAUUCUGUAAGAAGAUCCUGUCUUUUAGAGGUCAGAAGUACAUUUUGUGGUCAUAACUCUUAAAAAGAUAAAGACUAUGUAAAUCUAAUUGUUGAGUACUACCUUAAGCGUCGUUAUCUUGUAACAUGGAUGCCCCUAAGUAUGUUCUUACAGCGUAAAAUCAGCUAAUAUCGGGUAAUUAUAUUAUCAUUCACAGAGUUACGUUAUUUCUUUCACUAUAGAAAGGAAUUGAUUGUAUAUUCUUUAUUCUUAAUAAUAGUGUUUAAUUAUCAAUCUUAGUAGAUAUAAGAGUAAACUUCUUGAGACUUAUUUAUUUAUCAUAACAAGACUGAACAAAUAUUCAUUCAUGGUUAGGUUCAUAUCAAUUUAUUGCGUAUAUUUUCAGUGAUAGUGAUAAUGUGUAUAUAUUUAUUGUUCCCAAAAACCGGUUUUAUUAUAGAUAUUGCAGACACUAUUUUAAGCGAAAAAAAUGUUAGUAUAUUAUAAAUAUAAUAAAAAAAACCCGAACAAAACAUUUUUCAUUCAUGAAAGCUGAUAUUAUACAAGCUUAUAGCUUACACCUCAAUUCUUUGACAUUAUUACAUGCUUGUAUGUAAUGAAUAUUUGGAAAUAGAUAUUGCAUUUAUGUUGUUGUUAUUUUUUGUUUUGCCCAUAUGACCACUAUGAUCCAGGACAGGAUUUAUGUAUACAGUUAAAUGUGAAUGAAAUUGAAACUUAGCAUCUAUACAAUACUCAUUGAUAGAAUAAAAUAUUUUCACUGAA